AUGCCAGGCAUCGGGCUGGACCUGGGCGCAGGCAAGUGCUGUGUUGCCAGCGUGCGCGCUGGAGCGGUGACGGUGUUGCCAAACGCUCACGGCGACAAGACCACUCCGAGUUUUGUUGCCUUCACCGACUCCCGCAGCCUCGUGGGCAGCGAUGCCAGGGACCAGGCGGCGCUCAACGCCACCAACACCGUCUACGGCAUCAAGACCGUCCUCGGCAGGAGCUUUAACAAGAAUCAUAUUCAUGACAAAUUUAUAAGGAAUUUCCUUCCUAAAUUUUCGAUGACCGAGAAAGGCUCACUCUUCGAGGUGGAGUACAGAAAUAAGAAGUUGACGUUACAUGCGGAAGAAAUUACUGCCUUACUAAUCGCCAAGAUGAAAUCAGUGGCAGAGGAUAAUUUAGAAAGUCUGGUCACGAACGCCGUCAUUUCCGUCCCUGUACAUUUCAGCAACUCGCAGCGACAAGCCACUCUCGAUGCGGCCCGCAUCACCGGCCUUAAGAAUGUCACGCUGAUCAACUCGACCACCGCCGCCGCCAUCGCUUACUGGGACCAGCACCCCAGCGAAAAGGAUUGCGUCGCUAUCGUCGAUAUUGGUGCCAGUUCACAAAGCCUUGCCAUAGUUUCCAUUGAGAAUGGGACUGUUAAAGUUCUUGAAGCUUAUGGAGGUUCAACGUGGGAGGCUCAACGCGUAUUCCUGCUGUAG